UUGUAUUUAUAGUGUUUAUAAAACAAACCCAGGGUGAGUCGCAGGGCUCUUCUGGAUGAAGAACAGCGUCAUUGCCGCUGCUUGACCCGGUGUUCUACCGAAUCGUGUGCACCCCUCACCGGAGGUGGGCGUCUGGAAGCGCGGCGACUGCAGCAUAAUUAAAACAUGGCCGACACGGAGGAAUGUAGACUUAAACGUUUAAAGCACGAGGAGCAGAUGUCCCGGAUGUUCGAUGAAGUGAUGGGGCUCGGGGACUUUGCAGACUCCUCCAGGGGCUCAGCCGCCUCCUCCAAGAGCGGGGGUCAGGCCGAGCUGAAGGGACUAGACGAGUCGUCGGGGCAAAAACUGAUCGAGGAAGACAGCAACGGCAGCCGACGAGAAGAGAAGACGGACGAGACAACGGGAGAGGCGACGGGAGAGACGACCUUUCCUCAGCUCCCAUCCUCCUCUUCAGACCAGCUCUCCCCGUUUAACAUGAAACGGGGAGGAGGCGAAGCGGCGUUUGACGACGCCCUGGACGGUCUUCCUCCGUACGGCCCGGAGGAAGAGGAUGAAGACUGGCACUUCGCUCUGCCGAUGGGCUCCCUGGAGGAUGUGGAUUUGGGGAAGACAAACACGAAAACGACGCAGUUCGGACCUGGGAACAGCGCGUCCCGGGCCGUUCCCUUGGCUUCGAAAGCCGGAGACGACGGCGAAGAAGAGGAGCGGCAGGAGAGGGAAGGGAGCGGGGAGUCUGCCAACACCUCCCACUCAUCGCAGGACAACACACCAGACGACAGCAGAGGAACAGACGUCCCAAACCAGACGGAGGAGACCGAGGACAGCCAGCUGGACAAGACGUCUGAAGCCGCUCCCGUUCCAGAAAGCAAUCCCCCGACGUGCCCCCCCGUAAAUAUUAAAGACGAGCCGAUUGACGAGGGCUACGACGCCGCGCUGCUUCCUCAGAACGCCGCCAAGCAGAUUAAAGAAGAGAUGGAGCAGGAGGAGCUGAGAAUCAGCUCUGUUUUCUCUGUAGGAGGAGCGAACACCUUCACAUCUCCAACCAUCGCGACUGCUAUCCCAGGAUCAACUCAGACGGCCUUUUUUAUCCCGGGCAGAGGAGCGAUCCUGCAGGCCAUGACCCCCCUCUCUGUCAGACCACCACUUCCUGUCGCACCUUCGAUACCCACCCUGACAGCGAUACCACAAAUACGACCUCCACCCCCACCCCCCGUCCCUGGCAGCGUUCGYUGCAGUGGCUGCCUCAAAAUUCUGCUGAAAGGUCAGACGGCGUUCCAGAGAAAAGGUUCGACGCAGCUCUUCUGCUCCACGGUCUGUCUGACGGGCCACCUUCCUGCAGUCGCCAAGGCCCGAGCCUGCUUCCAGUGCUUCAGGGAGAUCACUCAGCCCAGAGACAUGGUCACAAUCCCGGCUGAAAACAACUCCUUCAUGCAUUUUUGCGGCCAAUUCUGUUUGUCCGUGUUUCGACACAAGAAGAAACAAGUCGACAACGUUUCCGAUAAGCUGGCCGACAAACGUCAGGAAAGGAAACCCGAGAAGCCGCCUGAAAAACCGGCGGAGAAUCAGAUCCUCUGCAGCGUCUGCAAGGCCACCAAUAAGCAGAUUGAACACGAGGUCACCCAUCAGGGAAAACUCUUCAAACUCUGCAGCGACAACUGCUUUUUAAGGUGGCGUAACAUGCGCCAGCUGGCCAUGAACUGCUGCGAAGGCUGCGGACUCUACUGCAACAGCAACUCCAGCUCCUGCCAGACGCUCACGGUGGAAAAAACUCAGCUCUACUUCUGCAGCCCCACCUGCGUCGGCACUUAUAAACAGUCUUGCAAAAAGUCGACGGAGUGUGCAAACUGUCACAAGACYAUGAUGGUGUCCUCCACCAUCAUGGAGCGAGACCAGAAGGGCAAAGUUCAGCUGUACUGUUCCUCUGAUUGUGUGGAGCAGACCCGGCCGGUCCAUCACAGCCUCACCGGCACUCCCUUCCCUUGCUCCCUGUGCAAAGUUUCAGCCGUUCCUCAGUAUCAUCUGGCCAUGGUGGACGGCACCAUCAGAAACUUCUGCUCCUACGACUGCGUGUCUACAUUCAGGAAGUCUGAUUACACCUCUCAGCUCGAACUGACCAAUGGCACGUCCUCUCUCAGGGACCCUUCCACCAAAGACGUUCCAAAGCCUGGACCCUCAGCCGGAACCAGCUCAGUCCCUCCUGUUCCUCAGGAUAUCCCGUCUUCAGUCCCAUACUCGGGUCACCAUCCCAGUCAUACCUCAGUGCCCCCGUUAGUGCCUCCAUCUUCGGCCACGUCCUCCCCCACAGUCCCGGCACAAUCCCAGGCCAGAUCGCCCCCGGAUCAGGCCCAGAAACCAUCGGAGGACGGACUCAGCAACACCCCUAAAGUCACCUGCCAUCAGUGCAGCAAACGGUUCAACACUAAGCCCCUGCUGUUGAGUCACCAGGGACACUUCUUUAUAUUCUGCAGUAAACCGUGUUCUGAUCAUUACAAAGUCCAGAAGAACGUCCUUGCUGUGUGCGAGUCCUGCCAACAGGAGAAGGUGCUUUUUGAUACCAUCACCUACAACCAACAGGACCUGUUCUUCUGCAGUGAAAACUGUAAGCUGCGUUUUCGACAAGAACGGUCCUGUCGCCCGUGCACGUUCUGCGCCAGCUUCGGCCAGAAGAUGGUGCUCAGCCACUACGGAGGCAAGACGGAGGAGUUCUGCAAACCCCACUGCAUGUCCCAGUUCACUGUGCUCUACUACGGGAUGGGUCGGUGCGACAGCUGCAGAAAACAGGGCUACAUGGGCGAGAAGCUGCAGUGUUUGGGUUCGGUGCGUAACUUCUGCAACAUGGCCUGCCUGCUGCACUACUGCUACCAGAACUUUGAGACCAGCCAGCACAUGAGCAGCAACGGCACCGGAACCACGCAGAUGCCCUGUGCUCCAACGCAGCCCCACCACCUGACGAAAAUGAAUCCCGUCAUCGCCGACGUCGUCUCUUUAGCAAACGGUUCUGCCGCUCAGCCCAGUGUCUCGGCAGAUACCGCUCUGACUGGAGCUCUUCCAACUUCAAACGUAGACGGCAAGAAUCUUGACCAUGCCAGUACUCAGACCGACGCCAUGCGUGUUCCGGCGCCUCGCCGCCGACAGAUGAAGAACAAGUCCGUUUUGUGCCGACCCUUCACCAUGGACCAGGAGAGCAUGUGCCAGCUGCCCUCGACGCCCUCUGAAUCCGAAGGGUCCAGAUGGAGACGGUCCAGGUGGAGAUGGUCCAGAUGGAGGAUUCUGCUGUGAAAGAAGAAAAUAAAUCUGUUCCUGCAGAAGGCCUGAGAAGUUCUGCUGAAGAUCUGAGAGGUUCUGCUGAAGACCUGAGAGGUUCUGCUGCAGGCCUGAGAAGUUCUGCUGAAGAUCUGAGAGGUUCUGCUGCAGGCCUGAGAAGUUCUGCUGAAGAUCUGAGAGGUUCCGCUGAAGACCUGAGAGGUUCUGCUGAAGACCUGAGAGGUUCUGCUGAAGACCUGAGAGGUUCUGCUGAAGACCUGAGAGGUUCUGCUGCAGGCCUGAGAGGUUCUGCUGAAGACCUGAGAGGUUCUGCUGCAGGCCUGAGAGGUUCUGCUGAAGACCUGAGAGGUUCUGCUGAAGAACUGAGAGGUUCUGCUGAAGACCUGAGAGGUUCUGCUGAAGACUUGAGAGGUUCUGCUGAAGACCUGAGAAGUUCUGCUGAAGACCCGAAGCCUGAGGUCGUCUCUCCCUCAGUCUGUGAGGAUGAGGAGGCUCCUGAAGCAGCUGACCUUCCUCAGACUGGACGCUCGCCUGAGCCUCCGACUGAAAACCCAAACGAGACGAUCGAAACGGGAACCGAUCCUCCUCCCGGCGGCUCGGAUCAGCCUCCGUCUUCACCUCUGAUGGAUCUGGAGGCGGACUUCCCUCAAGAGUCGUUGGAUCUGAAGCCGUUGGUUCAGAAGCGAGGCGUGAAGAGACCCAGAGAUCGAUCCUACAGCCGGAAACGG